GGCCAGAGUCUCGAAAAUCUAGCAGUUUUGCCGAUAAUCCUGGGUGAGCGUACGGCUACUGUUUCUUCUUUUGCACAAAAUCAAAAUGGCGAUGAAAUUAUACAACGUAUAUAGAUACCCACAUUUAUUUUCGUUCGUUUAUACUCGUCGAUAGAUUUUGGAAAAAUACGUAUGAACGAUGAGACAACUUUUAACAGGAUUGUUCGUCUCUUUAAUUAUUAAAUAGAGACUGAUUGACUCAUUUAGUCCAUAUUUAUUUAUGGGAAGAUACGGGAUCUUUUCGAUCACUGGAAGGAACUUUUCACAAUUUAUGGUCCAUUUAAAAAAAAACAAUACGAUGUAUUCCGGAUCGUUAAACGUAACAUUCACACUAGAAACAACGUAUCAUUAUGAUAAAGAAGAAAAGUAUAGCCGCCAGGAGUGAUUUCUUUUAAUAAUAACGAAAUUUUGUUAAAUGGAAAAUUGACGAACAUGAAUCGGUCACUUUUGGAUAAUGCCGCAAGCGAAGUUGUGUGACUCAUGCUUCAUAAAAAGAAGUCAACUUUCUCAUUGCGUGGGAUAUACGUUUGCGUAACUUUAGUUAUAUUUUUAUCUCUGCUAUCAUGUUCCUCGAGUUUCUCUUCGUCCAUAUAGUGGAUUUGAAAUGCUACACCAUGUGCGAGAUGAAAGGAAAUGCCGAAAUUUUCGGAUCAAUUUUGUUUUGGGUCCUUUGGGAAUGUGUAUAGCGCAAUUUUGUCACAUGAAUUGAAUGUAACAAUUUAACUUAUUUAUAUAAAAAAAACAGUACAUACAAGGAAAGCAUUUAUGAACCAGGAGAUUUUUGAAUGACUGUGUGUUAAGAAUAUCAAGAAAUAUACUUCUCAAAAAUCUAUAAAAUAUUUCCUACAAUUAACAGGAAUAAUCUUUCAUGUUAAUAUCGAAUGAAUUAAAAGAUCCAAUUGGAUUUAUGUAUUUAAAUACUCUGUCUAAUUAACACUAUAAGAAGCUACAGAUUCUACAACCUUUACCUAAAUGUGAUGCAAUGAUAAAAACAUAUACAUAUAAUAAUCAUGUUAUUACUUAUGUACGAAGAAUUUUAUGAAUGAAAUUUUGGAAACUCACAGAGAAGAAAGUUAUCCUACAACUUAUCUGAGAUAUAUUAAUACUCAUCAAUAUUUUAAUUACAUAGCAACUCAACUACAAUGCUUUUAUAUCAGUAUAUUACAAUGUCAGUAAUUCAUGACAUGAGUGGUUUAUUUUUAACUAAAAAAUGAUGAAUAAACUGUUGAAACUAGAAAUGGAAGGACAAAAUCAGAUCAAGAUGAUUAUUUGACUCACCCAGUAAUUAUACCAUGAAGAUACCAAAUAUUAAACAAAAUUAAAUAUUAAAUUUAAUAUACAACUAAAACCAAUGUAUGAAAUUGGAUAUUACAGAGACAUUAAAAUGUGCAGAAAGUUCUACCAUAAAAUGUGUAAAUAAAAAGUUGGAAUGAAAUUUGAAGAAUGAAGCAGCGAUGAAUAGAAAGAGGAAAUGAAGUAUCUGAGAAAAUGCUUAUGAAGUCUAGAAAUAUAAACGAAAUGAAAUCAUAAAGAUGGAGAAAAAGGAGAAAAAGAAAAAGGCUGGGCCUCCCAGUGGAAAAGGUGGUACUAAACGCACUCGAGGAAGUGCAAGAGGACGCAAUGGACUGAGGGGUAGAGGAGCUAGAGUAAAACGUAAUGUUGGGACUGUUAAAAAAGAGCAAACAUGGCAAGCUGGACAAAAUAAUAGCAAUAACAAUGUCCGCGGUGGGUUUGUAAGAAAACGAUACAAGAAAAGCACUGGUCUAACUAGAUCAAGAAGCAACUUGACAUUAAAUCAGAAAACAAGUGCACGAGGAGCUUUCAAUGUUCGUCGAGGACGAAGCAAUAGAUUUGGUUUAACUCGCAGUAGAAGUCGUACAAACUUGACUUUCACUCAAGGAGGAUUUUUCACCAAUAACAAAACUGCGUUGAAACGAACAAACAGUUUACCAAAUCUACGUGAUCCAACAUCAGUUCAUAAUCGGUUGGGAUAUCAAAGCCCUGCCCAAAUUGCCUAUCGAAAUCGUGUCAAAAGGGCUAAACAAUUAUUGUUACAACGGCAAAAUCAGAGAAUGUCUUUACAAAAUCAAUUCAGAGUACCUCAAGCUGGAAAAUCUUUGAUGUCACUUCAGCAAAGAUCUACGGAAAGAAGGCAACAAAUUUUAACGUCUCAACGUCGUUUUACCACCGGUGGAUUACGCUCAGAUCAAAUUGCCCGGGCGCAGAGACGGGCACAAUAUGAACAAAAGUUAAUGAGAAUGAAUACUUCACGAUUAAAUACGAAUUCAAAUGUGAACUUCAUGUGCACAUUGGGAAAUGAAUAUAGUGCAGGCACGCACCAACGUCCUGUUACACUUACACCCAGCCGAAACGGAAAUGCCGUGAACAGUUUGCGCCAGCUGCCAAGAGGACGUUCGCCAUUUAGACAAAAUGUACAAAGCUUAAACAUGGUUGGCCGGGCACCUUUAUUUGGCCGACAGCGUUCGAGGUCACGAUCGCGUUCCCGUUCUCGUACACGUAACACUCCGUCAUCAGAUGCAGGAGCCGAUGUAGAUGAUCGUACUUUCAGCGAAGUCAUGUACAGCUUGUCUGGAAAUCUUGGUGUUACCGGAAGAACGCUUAACGAUAGAUUUAGUUUUUAAGUCUAAAAAAAAAUUUUGUUUUGUAUUUAGAACAUAAGACUGCUGAGGCCAGAAGUGAUUUUUAUGCUUGAAACAUAGAAAAAAUGGUAUUAAAUGAAUUGCAGCUCA